AUGCCAGAGAGCGCCUCUCUCGAACCGCGUAAACAAAUCAUACCCUCACCCUCACGGGAUGAAACAAGGCCACAUAACUCAUCUUGUUUAACCUCUCCGUCAGCCUAUGCAGCUUCGGGAUCGCAAAUCUUUGGAAGUGCAUUACAUCCACCAGAAGCAUCUGUCGAACCACUUUUCGAUCCAGCUUCACAGCGUGUUCCUUUUCCUCCUCAUCCAUCUGCACCGUACCCACAAAACGGAUCCUCGUCAUGGCCGACACCCCAAGUAGCUGUUCCAUCCCGACCAGUUACAAAAGAUGUAUAUGAAAGAAUUGUACAAGUAGGAGAAGGGACAUAUGGAAAAGUGUACAAAGCAAGAAAUGUAGAAAACGGAAGAUUAGUGGCCAUGAAACGAAUUAGAAUGGAAGCAGAAAAAGAUGGAUUUCCAAUCACAGCCAUUCGAGAGAUUAAAUUAUUACAAGGAUUAAGACAUCCUAAUAUAGUGAAUUUAGUUGAGAUGGUAGUUAGUAAAGGACAUGUUUAUAUUGUAUUUGAAUAUAUGGAUCAUGAUUUAAGUGGAUUAUUACAUCAUCCUAACAUUCACUUUUCCGAAUCGAAUAUCAAAUCAUUAAUGUGGCAAUUAUUAUCUGGAUUAAGAUAUAUGCAUGAAGGUGGUGUAUUACAUCGAGAUUUGAAAGGUAGUAAUAUUUUAUUAAAUCGAUUAGGUGAACUUAAAAUUGCGGAUUUUGGAUUGGCUAGAAGGUAUGAAAGAGGUAAAGAACCAGGUCAGGAAGGUAGAGGUAGAGGUAGAGAUUAUACUAAUCGAGUGAUCACUCUUUGGUAUAAACCACCUGAAUUACUUUUUGGUGCUACUGUUUAUGGUGAAGAAGUUGAUAUGUGGAGUGCUGGUGCAAUCUUUUUAGAACUUUUUACUCGUAGACCAAUCUUUCAAGCAAAUGAUGAAAUAGAUCAAUUACAAGCAACAUUUAAAUUGAUGGGAACUCCAUCUAAAUCGAAUUGGCCAGAAGUCAUCAACUUACCUUGGUAUGAAUUAGUUAAACCUAAAAUCGAAUGUGAAUCGAAAUUAAGAAGGACGUUUUUUGAAAAUCAUGAAGAUGGAAAAGAAAAAGUAAUUAAAAGUGAAGGUGGAAUGCUCUUAGCUGAAGCUUUGUUAGAAAUGAAUCCGAUGAGAAGACCUUCGGCUAAAGAUGCAAUGAAAUUUGAUUAUUUUUUACAUGAAGAACCUGUCAUGGAAUUACCUACAAAACUACUGUCAAGUUUGAAAGGUGAAUGGCAUGAAUUAGAAAGCAAACGAGCAAGAAAACAACGUAGGGAAGGAUAA